AGAGAUUUACGAUACAGGGACAUUCUUCAAGCUGGUAAAGGUCAUAUAUGAAUGGCAAAAUCACUUCAGCUUAUCAAACACAUAAGAACACAUGCAAUAUUCUUGUAUAUUCGAUGAUAAAACAUGUGAUCUAUUGUCAUGUUAAAGAAUCAUAUUAUGUGAAAAUAGCUCAAAAUUACUGACAGUAGGAUCAUGGACAUAAUAAAACAAUACUCCAAGAGAGUGGAUAAGGACUAAUAUAUGGACCAAGUCAUAUACAGCAGUAUCAGCCUAUUCAUCAUGCCGAGACAGCCAGCACGUAAUGGGAGAGAAUCUGCUCAAAUUCUCAAUGACCACCCACCGCCUUAUGAAUCAACAACAAUGCCAUCUGGUGGUGCAAUAGAAGAUAGAAACCAGCCGAACUAUCCACCUGAUAUGCAACCAAAUCUACGCUCUAUUAACAACAGCGAGGAUGAUUAUCGCGGUACUUGUGACACUUUAUUUGGGCUUAUAGCAAUUAUACUCUGUUUUGACCCCAGGCUGAAGGGUUUACAUCGUGCAAUCAUUGCAUUCGUUUGGAUGGCCAUUCUAGCUACUGGAAUCGCCUUAUCGGUGAGAUAUCUUGAAUUUAGACCCGUAAAUUAUGAUAUCAAUCCAGGAGACAACCGACCAUUGAAUGAGAGAUUCUCAACAAUUUUCUGCAAAAGUCUAACAGCGACAAAAACUCGGGUUAUUCUAAAUCCGGCACAUUCGUCAAACAAUAAAAAUCUUGAGUUGGGUGCAUCAGAUGAUAAUUCAAAUGAUGACGAAACAUCAGUAUACAUGUAUCUGCUGACGAAUUCAAAUUUAAACAAAACACUCACAUGGAGAAAUUUUACAAUGAAGACUUCUGUCCCUGCAGGUCAAUACACCUAUUGGCGUUUCUACCUCAAUUCUGGCUCAAGAUUGAUCCUUAACUAUAGAAUAGACAAUACUCAAGUCCAAAGGGAAUUUUUGGCCAUUCGUGGAAAUGACUCUUUCAGUAAAUGGAUGAAGACUGGGAUAUGUGAUACAAGCUCGUGUGAGGCAGUAUAUGUGUCAAGCACGGGGUCGUAUGACACAAAAAAUAUCACUAAACCAGACACAUAUUUCUUUAUCUUCAAAAUAAAAAGUAUUUACAUCCUACCAUUCCCAGAAAGUGCAAUGAUUCAGACUGACUUUAAAGUUGGACAGACAACCUACGAAUAUAAAGACUACACUGAAAAAUGUAACUUUGAAACAGCUUUUUCAACACAAUUACAGAGGCCACCACCGGCGGGAAAAAACACUGUUCAAAGUUGUAAAUUCAGUUUUGGAUUUGGCACGAAGGAGUUCAUGUUGAUUCAUGCUCCUUUCUUUAUAAACAGAGCAAACACCUUCACAAGGUUUAUAGACAUGGUCAAAACAGAGUGUGAAGCGAGCAUUCCUGCCUAUGUUCUUUUAUGCGCAUGUGUUCCAAUGGCAUUUGUAAUAAUUUACAUGCUAUUUGUAUCUUUAAUAUGUUCACUUCAAAAGUCUUUAAUCCAAUCACAUCUAAAUUGGGAAAAUGCUCAUGAAUACAGAAGCCCAUCAGGACGGAAUUUUCCAUCAGAACGGAAUUUUUCAUCAGCUGAGAGGCAGCCAUUAUUGCAAGAAGCACCACCUAGUUACUCUGAAUCACUUGGUUCAGUGCCACAAGGUGUUCCCCAAGAAAGUCCCCCGCCAUACAGUCAAAUCUAGAGUGGCAGCAAAGAACAGUGUAAAAUAACCUUAAAAUCAGACCAUUACCAUAAAAGUCAGGACUGAUGAACUUGAACCUCUUGACUACCUGGAGUGACAAGAUUUCUCGUCACC